GUUUCUCCCAGCUAAACGAUGUCUAGGUCUUACGAUCGCGCUCUUACCGUCUUCUCCCCCGACGGCCAUCUCUUCCAGGUCGAAUAUGCGCUCGAGGCAGUAAGAAGGGGAACAUGUGCCGUGGGCGUCCGGGGUAAAGACGUCGUCGUCCUGGGCAUCGAGAAGAAGUCCGUCCUCCAGCUCCAAGACCCCCGCACCGUCCGGAAAGUCGUCAUGCUGGACGAUCAUAUCUGUCUCGCCUUUGCGGGUCUGCAUGCCGAUGGACGCGUUCUGAUCGACAAGGCACGGAUAGAAUGUCAGAGCCACCGGUUAACUGUUGAAGAUCCCGUCUCCGUCGAGUACAUUACCCGUCACAUAGCCGGCAUCCAACAGCGCUACACCCAAUCCGGUGGUGUCCGACCCUUCGGUAUUUCGACCCUCAUUGUUGGAUUCGAUCCGCACUCGUCUAUCCCCCGCCUGUACCAGACCGAGCCGUCCGGGAUCUACUCGGCUUGGAAGGCGAACGCGAUCGGACGCUCGUCCAAGACCGUGCGUGAGUUCCUGGAGAAAAACCACAAGGAUGACAUGGGCCGGGACGAGGCGGUGAAGCUCACCGUCAAGAGCCUGCUGGAAGUCGUCCAGACCGGCGCGAAGAACAUCGAGCUUGCGGUCAUGGAGGGCUACGGCAAGAUCACUACUCUCAAGCUUGAAGAAAUCGAGGCGAUCGUGAGCGAGAUUGAGCGCGAGAAGGAAGCCGAGGCGGAGAGGAAACGCAAUCGGCUGGCUGCGACGGCUGCGCGACAGGCGGCGAUGGGCCAACGAGCAGAAGGAUCUGGCACGGGGACGCCCACUGGCCAGUAGAUGUUACCUAUAUCACUGCCCAUUGUCGUCUCAUCUCAUGGAUCAAUGUUCGAAUACCUGCUUGCUCUCGUGUGAUGGUGGGAGAUGUACCAAACUGGCGUCUUGUUCGGUCAUGAGGUAUCCUAUUCAUACAGACAUGC